AAGAAUUAAUCGCUGCCCGAUAAGAGCUCUUGCGCUCAACCGAGAGGGCGAUCGAGCGGCGGCAGACCAUGGCGCGCGUCCUGCUCUCCACUGUUGUCGCCUGCGCUCUUGUGAUCGCUGGCGCCGUCGCCGAUUCCGCAUCGCCGCAUGUGUUCACCGUCGGCGGCGAGCAGCGGGGCUGGAGGCAGCCGGCGGCCAGCGACGCCGAGACGUACAACCACUGGGCCACCAGGAACCGCUUCCACGUCGGAGACUUACUCUAUUUCAGGUACGCGACGAACGACUCGGUGCUGGUGGUGUCACGCGAGGACUACAAGCUGUGCAGCGCGGAGAAGCCGGCGCUGCGGCUGGAGGGCGGCGAGGGGAGGUUCCGGCUGGAGCGGAGCGGCUUCCUCUACUUCAUCAGCGGCUCGCCGGGCCACUGCGACGCAGGGCAGAGGCUCACCGUGCGCGUCAUGGCGCGGGAGAGGGACGACGACGACGACCAACACGGCGCGAGCUCCCCGACUGCUGCAGCCCCCGCCCUUUCUCCCGGCGCUGCGUUCAACUCGACGACGCCUGGGGGGUCAGGGGCGGUGCUGCGGCCGCCGGGCGGAAAGGCAGGCGACGGGAAGACCAGCGGCGUGCACGCGCCUUUGGUUGGCCAUCGUCACGCCGUUGGCGUCGCUCUGGGAGCAGCCAUGAUGCUCUAUGUUGCAUGAGGGAUCUCCUGGGGCCAUUGCCUACUCUAUCAUUUUGCAUACAUAUGCAGAGGAAGUUAGGUGAAGGUGAACAAAGUCUGUUCGAUUGUGUUAGUCAGUCGUCAUGUAUCUUGAUGUGUUCUCUUUUUUUUUUUGUGUGUGUUUGCUUGCUGGUAGAGACUAGGGAGUGACUUGAUCAAUGUUUUGUGUAGUCAGUUAUCAAGUAAUUCGUUUUUAUUGCAAA